AUCAGUGAAUGUUCUCACGAUGUUUUGUGCAAAGAGAGCAGCGCAGUAAUAGCAGCCCAUGGAUACAUCGUCGAGUCAACGGCCUGAUGGCUUCACCCGUCCCAACGGGCGCAGCGGCUUCGAAGUUGCCAUAAUAUGUGCGCUCGCACGCGAAUUCGACGCCGUAUGCCUGCUCAUCGACGAGUUCUGGAACGAAUAUGGCGAUCAGUUUGGGAAGGUGCAGGGCGACCACAACAUAUACACAACUGGGCGACUGGGAACUUGCAAUGUCGUGAUCGUCCAGUUGUCCGAUAUGGGCAAGGCAAUGGCCGCCAGCGCAGCUACGAGCCUUCGUUCCAGCUACCCGCGAGUGUCUCUGGCUCUUCUGGUUGGUGUUUGCGGCGCAGUUCCUUUCAUAGGGUCUGAACCAGAGAUGACGGCGAUCUCCCUCAGCGAUGUAAUCAUCAGCACCAUCGUGGUUCAGUAUGAUCUUGGGAGAGUUCUGACCGAUCGCUUCUCUCGCAAAGAUACCGCCCAUGAUAAUCUGGGUCGGCCUAACAAGACCAUUCGCCACAUUCUGGCCAACUUGGGUGGAUCAAGAGUCCAAGAGCAAAUCGAGCAACGGGCAGGCAUCUUCCUCAACCAUCUCCAGGGGAAGGCCAACACAAAGACCAGCCGUAACCGACGACAAAGUCACGCCAACUACCAUUACCCAGGAGCAGUCAAUGACCGGCUCUUCCAGCCAUGGUAUCGACACAAGCAUCGUUCUGGGAGCGGGUGCGUGAUAUGUGAAAGAUGCCUGAGCGACGAGGAUCCGGCAUGUGGAGAGUCUUUAAAGCUGUCGUGUGAGGAGCUUGGAUGCGAUGUAAGCUGCUUGAUACCGAGAGAACAUCUACAGUCAACUCCAGAUGAUCCGGACUCUGAAUGCCCGGAAGGCAUCUAUUUCCACGUCGGAGCGAUUGGUUCUGGAGACGCUGUCAUCCGGUCUGGCAAACGGCGUGAUCAGAUUGCUGCAGAAGCUAGUGUUAUCGCUUUUGAGAUGGAGGGAGCAGGUGUUUGGGACGAGCUACCGUGCAUUGUUAUCAAGGGGGUAUGUGACUAUGCCGAUAGCCACAAAAACAAGGGAUGGCAGAACUAUGCUGCCGCAACGGCGGCGUCGGUAGCAAAGGCGGUUAUUGAGAGGUAUAUUGCCCCUGCUACGGUUUGUAACUCUCUGCAGUCUUCGGAUUCCAUAGAUCUGGGUGGUCGACAGGAUACCCAACGGGGCGGAGGAGGAACAGGGGGUAGUGCCGGCGGGAUGCAGUUCAAUGGCAGCAUCUGGGGGUCGAAAUUCGUCGUUGAUUUUGGGGGCUGUUGUCUUGGAGCUAUGAGGCUUCUGGACAUGUUCGAAAGACGUUGUGUGAUCGAGUUUGAGAGAGCGAGAGGAGGACGAAAAGAGGAGACAGUGGAAGUUGGUGAUUGCGCCAUUAUGAUUGUCGGCGGGCCGGAGUGGGAUUAA